AUGGAGAAUCAGGUGCUGACGCCUCACGUCUAUUGGGCUCAGCGGCACCGCGAGCUGUAUCUGCGCGUGGAGCUGAGUGAUGUGCAGAAUCCUGCCAUCAGCAUCACUGAAAAUGUGCUACAUUUCAAAGCUCAGGGGCAUGGUGCCAAAGGAGACAAUGUUUAUGAAUUUCACCUGGAGUUCUUAGACCUUGUGAAGCCAGAGCCGGUUUACAAACUGACCCAGAGGCAGGUCAACAUCACUGUACAGAAGAAGGUGAGUCAGUGGUGGGAGAGACUCACCAAGCAGGAGAAGCGCCCACUCUUCUUGGCCCCUGACUUUGAUCGUUGGCUGGACGAGUCUGAUGCUGAAAUGGAGCUCAGAGCCAAGGAAGAAGAACGCUUAAAUAAACUCAGACUGGAAAGCCAAGGCUCCCCUGAAACUCUUACAAGCUUGAAGAAAGGAUACCUGUUCAUGUAUAAUCUAGUGCAGUUCUUGGGAUUCUCUUGGAUAUUUGUCAACAUGACUGUGAGAUUCUUUAUCUUGGGAAAAGAGUCCUUCUAUGACACGUUCCACACUGUGGCUGACAUGAUGUAUUUUUGCCAGAUGCUGGCAGCCGUGGAAUCUAUCAAUGCAGCAAUCGGAGUCACUAAGACACCAGUGAUACCUUCUCUUUUCCAGCUUCUUGGAAGAAACUUCAUUUUGUUUAUCAUCUUUGGUACCAUGGAAGAAAUGCAAAACAAAGCUGUGGUUUUCUUUGUGUUUUAUAUAUGGAGCACAGUUGAAAUUUUCAGGUACCCCUUCUACAUGCUCUCCUGCAUUGACAUGGAUUGGAAGGUGCUCACAUGGUUUCGUUACACUGUGUGGAUUCCCCUGUAUCCUAUCGGAUGUUUGGCAGAAGCUGUCUCAGUGAUUCAGUCCAUUCCAAUAUUUAAUGAAACAGGAAGAUUCAGCUUCACAUUGCCAUAUCCAGUGAAAAUCAAAGUUAGAUUUUCCUUUUUUCUUCAGAUUUACCUUAUAUUACUAUUUUUAGGGUUAUACGUAAAUUUCCGUCAUCUUUAUAAACAGCGCAGGCGGCGCUUUGGACAAAAAAAGAAAAAGAUCCACUAA